GCUAGGAGUAGAGGAGAAGCAGAGAAGCCCCCUCCCCGAGUCCCGGCAGCCGGCCCCUUUAAGGUGCCGCGCUCUCCGAAGUGCGGGCGGGGAGCCCGGGAGCCGGCGCGGGGCCAGGCAGCCGGGUGGGAAGUCCUGCCGUCCUCCUCCCCCCACUGCGCCCGCAGCCCGGCUGGCGGGGCCCGUGCGCCCUCCGUCCUACGCGCACGGGCGGACCAUGCGGUGGCUCUGAGCCAUGUCCUCCUCCUCCUACGCCAAGAACGGGCCGGCGGACGGGCCGCCCUCCCCCGCCUCGCAGGUGGCCCGAGGCACCACGACCCGGAGGAGCAGGUUGAAAAGAUCCGAUGGCAGCACCACUUCGACUAGCUUCAUCCUCAGACAGGGUUCAGCGGAUUCCUACACUAGCAGGCCGUCUGACUCCGAUGUCUCUUUGGAAGAGGACCGGGAAGCGAUUCGGCAGGAGAGAGAGCAGCAAGCAGCUAUCCAGCUUGAGAGAGCAAAGUCCAAGCCUGUGGCAUUUGCUGUGAAGACGAAUGUGAGCUAUUGCGGCGCCCUGGACGAGGAUGUGCCUGUUCCAAGCACUGCCAUUUCUUUUGAUGCCAAGGACUUUCUCCAUAUUAAAGAGAAAUACAACAAUGAUUGGUGGAUAGGAAGGCUGGUGAAGGAGGGCUGUGAGAUCGGAUUCAUCCCAAGUCCGCUCAGGUUGGAGAAUAUACGGAUUCAGCAAGAGCAAAAACGAGGGCGUUUCCACGGAGGGAAAUCAAGUGGAAAUUCUUCCUCAAGUCUGGGAGAAAUGGUAUCAGGGACAUUCCGAGCAACUCCCACAUCCACAGCAAAACAGAAGCAAAAAGUGACGGAGCACAUUCCUCCUUAUGAUGUCGUGCCAUCAAUGCGCCCUGUGGUGUUAGUGGGGCCAUCUCUGAAAGGUUACGAGGUAACAGACAUGAUGCAGAAAGCCCUCUUUGAUUUCCUGAAGCACAGGUUUGAUGGGAGGAUAUCAAUAACGAGAGUGACAGCUGACAUUUCUCUUGCUAAGAGAUCUGUGCUAAAUAAUCCCAGCAAGAGAGCAAUAAUUGAACGUUCAAACACCCGGUCCAGCUUAGCGGAAGUACAAAGUGAAAUUGAAAGAAUCUUUGAGCUGGCAAGAUCUUUGCAACUGGUUGUACUUGAUGCAGACACAAUCAAUCACCCAGCACAACUUAUAAAGACUUCUUUAGCACCAAUUAUUGUUCAUGUGAAAGUCUCAUCACCAAAGGUUUUACAGAGGUUGAUUAAGUCUAGAGGAAAGUCCCAAAGUAAACACUUGAACGUUCAACUGGUGGCAGCUGAUAAACUUGCACAAUGCCCUCCUGAGAUGUUUGAUGUUAUAUUGGAUGAGAAUCAGCUAGAGGAUGCGUGUGAACACCUGGGAGAGUAUCUCGAGGCAUACUGGCGUGCCACACACACAACCAGCAGCACCCCCAUGACCCCACUGCUGGGGAGGAAUUUGGGCUCCACAGCAUUGUCACCAUAUCCCACUGCAAUUUCUGGAUUACAGAGUCAGCGAAUGAGACACAGCAACCAUUCUACAGAGAACUCCCCAGUUGAAAGAAGAAGUCUAAUGACCUCUGAUGAAAACUAUCACAAUGAACGGGCUCGGAAGAGUAGGAACCGCUUGUCUUCCAGUUCCCAGCAUAGCCGAGAUCAUUACCCUCUUGUGGAAGAAGAUUACCCUGACUCCUACCAGGACAGUUACAAACCCCAUAGGAACCGAGGAUCACCGGGGGGAUAUAGCCAUGACUCUCGCCACAGGCUCUGAGUCUGCCAAAACAAAAUCACGCUCAUCUGUUGACAGUUUGCCAUAGCACUGCUAGGAUAACCCAAUCAUCUUAACUUGGCAAGCCAGCACAACUACCAUGCUUAUAGGUUGUUGUAAUUUGAUGAGGCAAAAAAAAAAGGGGGGGGCAAAAAAAGUACAUUAUGCCCUUAUUGCUAGAUGGAUAUUAGAUGCCCAGUCAUAUAGAUAUUUUCAAGUGCAACAUUUACAUGAUAGCAGUACCUUUUGUUUUCUUCAUAAAUUUAGACACAUCAAUUUGUAAUUUAGGGUACUUAUCAAGGCACAUAUAAAAUAAUAAUUUCCCAUGCUGGAAAUUCCAAAUGACCAGUUCCAGUUGGAACCAAUUUAUAAACCAAUUCCUGUUGGAAUUUGGGUGAAUUGACUAGAAAGUCUACUUGAGCAUGUUGCAGUCAGUUGAAAAAUCUAAAAAAAAAACCAAAAA